UUUCCAUUUGAACGCGAAUAUAGUCAUGCCUCAAGACUGACCGUCAAAAUGUUCAAAAUGUCACAAAUUUGUAUUUUAUAGUCCGUGCGAGAGUUAGCAUGUAAAUGAUCACAACCAACACAGCUAACGUCUGCUAAAGGGCUGUUUACAUGAGUACCUGUCACCCAAAACAUUAUUCUAAGGUAUCGUUACUGGAGCUCAACUUUCUGCCAACAAGUGGCUCUGCGUUCACAAAGCAGCAGCUUAUAUUAGCUCGCGAUGUCCUUGAAAUCGGAGCCUUGUGGAGUAUCCUCAAAAAGGACAUCCCCUCCUUUGAGAGAUACAUGGCGCAGCUGAAGUGCUACUACUUUGACUACAAGGAUGAGCUGCCGGAAGCAGCCUACAUGCACCAGAUCCUGGGUCUCAACCUCCUGUUCCUGCUGUCACAGAAUCGCGUGUCUGAGUUUCACACAGAGCUGGAACGACUGAGCGCACGCGACAUUCAGACUAACGUGUACAUCAGGCAUCCGGUGUCCUUAGAGCAGUAUUUAAUGGAGGGAAGCUACAACAAAGUGUUCCUCGCCAAAGGCAACAUCCCCGCUGAGAGCUACACCUUUUUUAUCGACAUCCUGCUAGACACUAUACGGGACGAGAUCGCAGGCUGCAUAGAGAAAGCCUACGAGCAGAUCCAGUUCACAGAGGCCACACGCGUGCUUUUCUUCACCUCCCCUAAAAAGAUGACAGACUACGCUAAGAAGCGGGGGUGGAGUUUGAACGCAGACAGCUGCUACUCCUUCAGCAGUCAGCAGCAGCGCACGGAGGAGGUCAACAUCCCCUCCACGGAGCUUGCCCAGCAGGUCAUCGAGUAUGCACGACAGCUGGAAAUGAUUGUGUAACACACACAGUUUCCCCAUUCUGCUCAUUGUUACCAUUUUCUUAAACCCAGAAAAGACUUUUUGUGACCCACAUGUCAUUGCGUUCAGUCCACUUGGUGGUUCUGACUGAAGACCACAGUGCAAAACCUUUUUGAGCACAACACCACUAACACACGCAGCAAACGUUGUUGCCCCUUCUUGGUAUCCUGGCAACCGACAAGAGCCAAACUUUGCGUUUCUCCCCAAUACCCUUCCAUUCCUGUAUGCUUUGUUAGCCACAGUGUAAAUUGGAAAAAAAUAAACUUUUGAUGACAUU